UUACAAUUUGCGAAAAGUGAAAAUUCGGUGGAAGUGAUGAGAUGAGACUGAGAAUGGACGAAAGGAGGCGUGGAGGGUGCAGACGGCGCAUAGUAGCAACCAAGAGUGACACUAACAAUGGUGACAAAAACCCCAAUCUCAACACCAACAGCGUCAUCAAGAAGCUUCAAUCACGCGAGAUUUCUUCAAAACCUCACCGUGCUUUUGUUGCUGCUACUGCUCCACAUAGAUUCCAGAACAUGCGUUUGACUCAUCAAUUUGAUACUCAUGACGCUAAACACCGUUCUUCUCCUAAACCUUUUUUGCCGUUCUUGAUGAAAAGGACCAAGGUUGUUGAGAUCGUUGCUGCUAAGAAUGUUGUCUUUGCUCUUGCUCAUUCUGGUCUUUGUGCUGCUUUUAGUAGAGAAACAAAUGAGAGGAUUUGCUUUAUGAAUGUUAGCCCUGACGAAGUUAUCCGCAGUCUCUUCUAUAACAAGAACAAUGAAUCACUUAUUACAGUGUCUGUUUAUGCUUCAGAAAAUUUCAGUUCUCUGAAAUGCAGAUCUACAAGGAUUGAAUACAUAAGGAGGGCUGAGCCUGAUGCUGGUUUUCCUCUUUUCCAGUCCGAGUCUUUAAAAUGGCCUGGAUUUGUGGAAUUUGAUGAUGUUAAUGCAAAGGUUCUAACAUACUCUGCGCAAGAUAGUAUAUACAAGAUCUUUGACCUUAAAAACUACACUAUGCUAUACUCAAUUUCAGAUAGGAAUGUUCAAGAGAUCAAGAUCAGUCCUGGCAUCAUGUUAUUAAUACUCAAUAGAGCAAGUGGUCACAUUCCACUCAAGAUUAUAUCCAUUGAGGACGGCACAGUUCUCAAAGCAUUCAAUCAUCUACUUCAUCGGAAUAAAAAGGUGGACUUCAUAGAGCAAUUCAAUGAAAAGCUUCUAGUCAAGCAGGAAAAUGAAAACCUUCAGAUACUUGAUGUACGGAGUUCUGAGCUGAUGGAGGUAAAUAAAACUCAGUUCAUGACUCCAUCAGCAUUUAUCUUUCUAUAUGAGAAUCAGUUAUUCCUCACUUUCAGAAAUCGAACAGUUUCUGUUUGGAACUUCCGCGGGGAACUUGUUACAUCAUUCGAGGAUCAUCUGUUAUGGCAUCCGGACUGCAACACAAACAACAUAUACAUAACAAGUGAUCAGGAUCUGAUUAUCUCUUACUGCAAGGCUGACUCUGAAGAUCAAUGGAUGGAACCCAAUGCUGGUUCCAUCAAUGUGAGCCACAUCUUGACGGGGAAAUGUGUGGCCAAAAUUAAUGCUGCAAAUUGCAGCACAAAGGUGGACGAUUGCAAUAAUACUUGCAGCUGCAAACACAUUGAUUCAUCCCAAAUAACGAGCUCAGUUGCAGAGGCCUUGGAGGACAUAACUGCCCUCUUUUAUGAUGAAGACCGGAACGAGAUAUAUACUGGUAACAGACAUGGUCUUGUUCAUGUAUGGUCCAACUAAUGAAGAAAAAGAAAAGUUUUUUUGUCUUCUCCGGUUUCAUGGACCAAGGAAUAGAACCCUCGUGCUGGGGUUUGUCCCUUUGCUGAUGUGUAGUUUCUGCGGUGGAUCAAUGUCUCUACUGUCUAAACAACCUCAGCAUUGUAAGAUUAUUUGUCCAUGAUAUUGACAUCUAGAAUCCUGCAGUUUGUGCAGUCAGUUAUAGAGUGAUUUUGUCGAGGGAAUUUUUUUAAACUUAUGCAUGCUUUUCUUUUGCUCUUAGGUCUUUUAGAGGUUUGGAUUUGUAGAUAGUUUAUGUAUAGUGCUGCAGACGAAACAUCUUACUUGUAUUAUUACUUGUGAAGUUAUUAACGGUGGAGAUUUAAUCUCCGAUUCACCUGGUGGUUGUGAUUA